AUGGCCGCCAACACCCAGCCCAGCCGACCGGUGAUCGGACUGAUCGGUAUGGGAGAGAUGGGCAAGAUGUACGCUGAGGCAUUGUCCAAAGCGGGCGGCAGCACGUAAGUCACCAUUCCGUUCCCAUUCCCCGCUCCUCCCGAGAGCUCGGAGCUGAUACUCAGCGUGCUUGACGGACGCAGAAUACACGUCUGUGACUUGCCUUCCAAGUAUGAUCAACUGGUCGAGUACUGCAAAGGUAUCGAAAUCCGCCCGCUUACGCGAACGCCGAGUCGGCCCAAGGUGCUCUUCGCCCCCACUCCACCCUAACCUGACUGACCCUUUCACACGACCCUCCCUCAGGCAAGCCAGGCUUGGUCCCCAUGGUCGAUGGUCAUCACGUCUCUCGAUCGAGUGAUUUCAUCGUCUACUCCGUCGAAGCCGAAUACCUCGAUGCCGUCGUCAAACAGUACGGUCCAUGUUAGUCUUUUCUCAAUCGACAGGACUGCAUCUCUUGCUUCCUGAAAAGGAGCUCACCUUGGAACGUCCUCCCUCUAGCAACCAAGAUGGGAGCCAUCGUUGCAGGGCAGACCUCGGUCAAGGCGCCAGAACGAGCCGCGUUUGACAAGCAUCUACCCAGCGACGUCAAGAUUGUGUCGAUCCAUUCGCUGCAUGGGCCGACUGUUUCCCCCGAGGGGCAGGCUUUAGUGAGUUAUGAAAACCCUGACGAUUCUGAUCGCGCCGCCGUUGUGACAUCUCAUUUCAUUUCACACAGAUCAUCAUCCAACAUCGGGCUUCGCAAGCAGAGGUGCGAAUUGUCGAGCAAAUCCUUGCGCCGCUCAAAUCUCGCUACGUCCACCUCACCUAUGACGAACACGACGAGGUGACGGCCAACACUCAAGCCGUCACCCAUGCCGCCUUUUUGACGUGAGUGACUCGAUCAACUCGGCACCUGACAGAGCAGCUGACUUGAGUCAGGUCGAGACAGCAUGGGGACAGCUUGGAGGUGUAUGCAGUCCUUCCCGUGGGAGACGGGCCGCUACAUCGGUGGGAUCGAGGUCGUCAAGAUCAACAUCGCGCUCCGGAUCUACGCAGCCAAGUGGCACGUCUACGCCGGCCUCGCGAUUCUGAACCCGACCGCCAAGAAGCAGAUCAAGCAAUAUGCCCAAAGCGUCUCCGAGCUGUUCAAGCUCAUGAUCAUCGGAAAGGAGGACGAGUUGAGGGAACGAGUGUUCGCGGGUCGCGAUUACGUCUUUACGCGCGAUGCCGACGGCAACUCACCCGCACCAAUCCUCUUGUCCGACAAGGCCUUGGACAAGUUCGAGAUUGGCGCACCGGAAGCAAGCCCUGCCCCAAGAGCGAACUCGCACUUGUCGUUGUUGGCCAUGGUUGACUGCUGGCAUGCGCUCAAGAUCCGUCCCUUUGACCAUUUGGCGAUUGGCGCGACCCCCGUCUUCCGAUUCUGGAUCGGUGUCGCAGAAUACCUCUUCCGUUCCGAAGAUCGACUUGAGCAUGCGAUCCAUUCGGCCGUCAAUGACAUCACCCAUCGAUCCGAUGAUGCCGAGUUCCUUGUCGCUGCGCGAGGUUGGAGUGAGUGCGUCGGCUAUGGUAAUUUCGAGGCGUACAGGCUGAGGUUCGAGGAGACGGCCAAGUUCUUCGAGCCGAGGUUCGAGUAAGUUGCGUAUUUUUCGUUCCGUUUGGUUCCAGAUUUUUCAUCUGAUGAUUUGCUGACACCUGCCUGUGACGCAUUCGCCUCUAGGGAGUCGAGGAAACAGAACGCGGCCAUGUUCAAAUUCCUGGCCGAGGAACCGGUGCGCGCGGCGCAGGGCAAAGUCGAGCCGUCGUCUUGA